AAACGUAUUAUUUCUCGAGUGUCCGUUAUUUAGCUCUCGUGUGAAUAUAAUAUAAAAAUCGACGGUCGGCGAGCUCUGGAAAGUGCUCAAGAGAGAAUCUCACACCGUCGUAAGAUAGAAAGACACCCAAGAAGAACUACUUCACGGUGGCGUAUCAUUCUUUUCGGUGAACGACGUUUCGAGGCCUGUCUCAGUCUCUUCUGCUACUCGACGAUUCUUUUGAAUUUCUUCGAGCUGCUGACCUCUGGGAUUACGCGACGUCCCGUGCCGAGGAAAGCUUCGUAUCACGAGGUGAGUCCGAGUGAGUCCCUGCCUUCCUGCUGCCCAGUUCUAUAAGACGCGAGUUAACCGGAGAAGAUCAACGAGAGAGGAAGAAGCUGCUUACUCUUUCGAAGAGGAAAAGACGAGUCGCGGAACCGAUACGAGACAAGACAUAGGAUGGGCUCAUCCGUGCGAGCAUUCGUUCUACAUUGAAGAGGAGGAGUACCGUAAGGGAGAAGGCAAAGGAAGAAGGAAGGAAGGAUGCCUGCCUCGCAAACCGCCGCUACAGAGCGGCGAAAUGAAAGAGUGAUGAUCGCACACGAGCCGCCAAAAUUGAAAACAACUUUAAAAAUACCACCGAAACAAGCGACCAAUCCUCUUCAAUUCGUCAAAGUUGGACCAUGUUCUUUAUAUCGUACGGCACAAGAACAAUUGCAGAAAGUCCAAGAAGUCAAGAAGAUUAAACAAGAAGUUCGAGAUGAUCCGGAAGAUUGGCAAUCGAAUCUAGACAAUUGGAAGAGCAGUCGGAGGAAGCGUCAAGAACACAUAAUCGAGCGAGUGGUAGAGGUUAAAAAACUAGAACUCGAAGAACACGAUAGACAACGGCGCCGAAGUAAAACUUUCUCGGAGAUGAUGGAAGAGCGAGGUAACAGAGGUCGGAAAUUGAGUAUUAGUCUGGCCAUGUAUCACGAGGAGGAUGCGAACGAUUUGAGCGACCUUGGAAUCGGUACCAGUAGUGGCAAAAGUUCAGUCAGUGGCGAUACUCACGACGAUGCUCACAGUGUUCUCAGCGACAGGGACAGUGAAAUUGAAAAGAACCACUCGGAUGUUGACAAUGUGACCGGCGAUGCCGGUGACAAUGUGAACAAUAACGCGACUAGAUCGUCGACGGCAAUAACGACGACGACGACAACGACGACAGCGACGAGUGCAACGAAGAAACCAUUCGGCAAUGGCUUUCAUGGUAAUCAUAAUCAUAAUCAGGAAUACGAUUCGGCGACCACGGCGACUGCAAGUUCGCCCGAGCCAGAGGAAUACACGUACGAAGGUGCAAUUCGUGGCUACGUUUCGAGAGUUUCACAAAAUAUACCAAGGAGAUCUUUGGUGGGUUUGGAUGCAAAACUGGAUAACGCUAAGUCAUCGACGAAUGGAUCGAAGACGAGCCUGAACGAGGAGAACAAAGGUACGACGACACCUGUGGUGAAGGUCGACAUCCUUAAGAGACGAGAAAUCUUUGAGAAGGCAUCGCAGAAGAGCUCCGACCAAAAAGCUAACAACAGGCUCUCCGGUGACUUCACCGGCACGAAGUCGAUCAAGGAGAGACUGUCGAACCUGGAAAAGCAAAAGCUCGAAACAGAAAACAACGAGAAGAUAUCGAACAAGGCACUUAACCGACUAUCCGGUGAUAUGAGUUCUAUCAGAGAGAGGUUGUCUCAUUUGGAGAAACAAGCGAUGGAACGAGAGAGCAAGACUACCUCUGGGAAUCACAAGGUCAGCUCCGAGGAAUUGGAAAGCGUUCGACCACUUCGAGAAAGGCUUUCGACUUUAGAAAAAUAUAGCAGCAGCGACGAAUCAUCGGCACCAGCUACGAUACACGAGUCUAGACACAACGGUGAACUUACUGCUAGGACGAUCAAGGAUCGUUUAAAUGCGUUAGAUGCGAUUAGAAGCAAGGAAUCCGCGGAAAAGAGAGCGUCGAUUGGUAAACACUCUCUAUGCUUCAGAGAUCAAGAAAAUAGGAUCGAUACUUCGACGCCUAGCGAGAGAAGCUCUUCACCAGACUCGGAAUAUCGAGCACCGAGAGCAGCCUUUCAUAGAAGUCUCGACUCGCUUGAUGCCGACGCUUCAAGUGGCCCGGACACCUUCGAACGUGUUCAAAGUCUUGAGGAAUUCGAUUAUGGCCGACGUUAUCCAGCCUCCUCCUCUUCAGCCGAACUUCUCAACGAUACCGAUCGCGAGGACUCUGGCAUUCAUACGGCUGACGUUAGCUGCUCGGUUAGUCAAGCCGAUGAACCAGUCGACGAAGAGAUCGUACACGCUAGCACGAUCGUCGAGGAGAAGCCAGAGGAUCUUCGAACGAUCGAGUCUACUUCUUGUUCCUCUUCGUCCGUUCAAGAGAAGAUCACGACGAAGUCGAGCACCGUUGCGAACGAGUCUACGACGACUGUCGCCAAUCAGCAAGAAGCAGUAGCAACGAAGGAUACUGCUGAAACUUCUUCUGGGGAACGGUCGACUAACAAAUCAUGCCCGCAUAUGCAAGUAGAAGUUAAUACUAACUCUAAUACACUACCCACGGCGAAUCGUCCGAUCGUCUAUCAAAGUCCCAGAGUACCUCCACGAAGAACACCACCCGAAACACUUCCCAAACCAAAGCUACCGCUUUUCAAGGAUCCUAUAGAUCCUAUCAACAACAACGAAACUUUACCUACUUCCAAAGAUACAGACGAUAAAAGCUCCUCCUCUCCUCUUUCCAUCGAAGAAAGUCUUUCGAAUACUACACCUUCGAGCCCUCCUUCAGAAUCAUCUACCAACAACCUCAGCAUUACCUGUCCAAAUCAAGACACUUCAAAAGCUACAAGAGUAGUCUCAAAAAUCCCAACGCCACUUCCUCGUAAAACAGUCCCUGCAAAAUCAUCACCAACCAGCUCGGUAUCCUCCGCUAGCCCACCAACUUCACCAUCUUCUCCAAAACUCCAAUCGUCAUCGUCAAAGACACGAACAUCGUCUAACCAAAGUCCUAAAGCUUCGGAAAUACCUCUUCCUGUAAAUUCUAAUUCACCAUCGAAAUUAUCAUCACCAUCUACCCCAUCCACUUCUUCGUCCAACACAUCCUCGCCUACAUCCAACACGGAUCACCAAUCAACGUUCGGCGAGGAUACAAUAACGGCUGAAAGACGACGAACGGUGGUGGAGGUUUGCGAAAAGGUGGUGGUACCGCAAGGAAAGAUACCCGGGACACCAUCAGUCACACCAUUCAUCACGGUGGAUCGCGUUAACGAGAAGCAGAACUCAGCCACGGCCGAGGAACCAAUCUUCAUGGAUAAAGAGGACGAAGAGAAGAAGGCUGAAACGAUUUGUCAGACAACAAACAGUGCUACUACGAUGCCGGAUCGUGAAGAGCGAGAACAUAUCGAGAUAUCGAUGAAUACGAAGCUCGAAACAACGAUGACAACUACAACGAAGAAUUCUGGCGAAGAAAUGACUGUAGAUACACCUGAUUCACCUGCUUCGCCAAUACCAAUGAUCCUUGGACUUGAAAGACCAACGUCCUUGACUUUCAACAAAACAGAAGCCUCUAAUAUCGAUACGAUUAAUUGUCUAAGUCCAGUCUCACCUCAACAGUUUUUGCCGUUGAGCCUGUCGAACGACGAAGAAAUAGUCACUGGUUUAGCUUUUCCUUUGGGUCCACCGACGACCAUCGAGCCACCCAAAGAAAAGCCACCACCACCUCCCGUUGAUGAUAUAAGUGACGAAGAAGCUCCACCGGUGGAACCCCUUAAGAGAUUGAAUUCUACUCGAAGAAUCAAGAAGGAAUUGCGAACGAGACGGUCGGAUUUUCUUGGAAUAGAAGGGGUUAACGACGAUGACUUGGAAAGAGAGUUAACGUUAAUGAAGCCACCAGACAUGGCAGCGAUUCUCGCUGAAGAGAGACGUAUCGAACAGCUGCAUCGUCGUUCUUACGACACCGACAGUAAUUACGAGCAAGAUUCAAGCCAUGAGAGGGAUUCCGGAGUUGAACUGGGACACGUUGAAGACUGGACGAAACAACCUGUCAGCCCUGAUAUGUCGCAGCACAGUCGACAAAGUAGCGAACCUUUUGGCGCCAGUGUGACCUCAUCGGAGGAGGAUGAAAUAACGAAGAAGGAACGAGAAAUUAUCGAAGUAUUAGAGAAAGAGGAACAAUGGCGAUAUGGGAACAAUCACGAACAGAACAGCGAUUUAGGAGAAAAAUUAGCUCACAAAUUGCGCGAACUCGAAGAAGAGAAAAUGCAAUUGGAACGAGAGAGAGCGCAGGAAGUCGUAUUACGUAGACAGGAAGAGAAUUUACGGAAAAAUGAGGACAACGUGCGCAAACAGGAAGAAACUCUACGUAAACAGCAACAACAACAACAGCAACAGCAACAACAACAGCAGCAGCAACAGCAACAGCAACAACAACAACAGCAACAUCUGUCUUAUCAUCAUCAUCAUCAUCAUCACCAUCGUCAUCAUCAUCAAGAGGAUGAAACGAGACAACAGGAAGUUGCACGUAUCGAGACAGAAACGAAACGAGCCGAGGCUACACGGCAGGAAGAGGAGCGUCGAAUUCAAGCGGAACAGUUGAGAGUUCAAAGCGAGAUCGAAGAGAAGGAAAGAAGAGCGGCUGAUGCUCGAAGAAAAGAGGAGAUACGAAUAAGAGCUAUGGAAAAUCAAAUUCGCGAGCAAGAGAACAAGAUAUUGGUUGGUGCUGGGUUGAACAACCACGAAGAUGAAUUUGCUUCUGGGGGUUCAAUGGAAUUUAGAAAUGAAACUUCUUACUCUCCGUUCGUACAGGAAGUUCUACGAGUCGAGAGGGAACUUCUGCAAUUGGAACAAGAGGAGUUGAAGAGGCAAAGAAACAAUCUCGCUUAUCGCGAACAAAAGCAACUCAAGUUGGCGGAACAAUUACAGGAACAGUGGAAAUCCUUGCAAGACGUCGCUCAUGGUUCAUCUAACAUUGCUCAACAAUACAAGCAUCAGCCAGCCGUAAAUUAUAGAUCGUCUAUGCCGAAUCUUCAGUUACAGGAUGCUCAAAGGAGACGACCACCUCCUCCUCCGAUACCACCUGCUAAACCAUUACGUCACAUUGAUCAAAGACAAAGAGACAUGACCAUCAGAAACAGUCGAGUACCGUCAGCAGACUCGAUACCGCAACAAGUAGAUGCAUCUUUACGACAUAGUGCCUCAGCCACCACACUUUCUUGUCAUGCUGGUCAACAAAUGACGAGGCAAACGUUACAAGCUCUUAGCGCUGCUCCUCGACCACGGAUCGUUCAAGGCGAUCAAUGGGUCCAACGAAGAAAGAGCGAUGUACCUAGAGGCGCGCAUGAUUUCAAUUAUCAACAUUGGCUAAUUCAGGAAGCAGAACAACGGAGAAUCCACGAGAAAAAUCAACGAUCCCCGGCACGAAAGUCUCAGCCGCACGUGACCGGAACAUCCGUACCUUAUGCCGCUGCACCGACACGGUCGGAUAGCAAGCCGUUACCAGACUCCAUUAUACAAACUCUUACUCAAAGAGUACAAAACAGAGCGCAAGAGAAGCCACUAUCUCCAAGAAGAAGAUUGGAACAUAGUACGAGUCAAGAACACAUUCCUCUUCAACAUUCUAGCACCACUCAACAAUUAACGUUACAACAGAAACCUCAGCAGCCAUCACCGUCCGUUCAUAACACCGAUAAUCAAGAGAAGAUGUUGAGCGUCAGUGGCAAAAAGAAAUGUUCGCAUUGUGGAGACGAGCUGGGUCGAGGCGCCGCGAUGAUAAUCGAGAGUCUACGCUUGUUCUAUCACAUGGAAUGCUUCAAGUGCUGUGUCUGUCACGUACGACUCGGUGACGGAUUAAUGGGAACGGACGUACGCGUUCGAAACCACAAGCUCCACUGCCAUAACUGCUACUCCAGUGACGACGGUAAUUCAUCGACUUCUUUCAAGCCACUAACAACACGCAAUGGAAAUUAUUAUGUGUAAGAAAAGAGAAAGUGUUUCUGUGUAAAUAGAUUGUAUUUAUGUAAGUAGCAUAGCGGUUAAGGAUUUAAUUGAAGGAAGAUUGUUGCAUACGCGAUAUCAUCACAUCGGACAUCGAAUAAAAAGAUAAAUGAAAAGAAGAUGAACGUUCAUAUGGAACCAGUAAAAAAGAAAUCGUGACACUGUACAUUUUUGUAAUAUAUAACUUUUGCGUCUGGGUAUUUAUGAGAUAUCUCUCUGAUAACACACUAGCUAAAGAUGAGAUCACUUUGUGGUUGACGAUUAUUCAUGAACGAAACUCUUAUUAAAUAUUUAAUACUAAUAAUGUCUAAAAUCAAAUCGAAAAUGAUUAACUUUCGUACGAGGAAACCUUUUUGUUUUAGAUCUUAAUUACGUUUAUGGAAUACGGCAAACAAAAUUACGGAAUAAGAUAUAGAUGUACUCAAAUACGGUUGCUAAUGAAGUCGUGCUCGUUUUCUCCUUUGAUUCAUUUCUCUCUCUUUUCUUCUCUUGAUCCUUUUUUUUUUUUUUUGCGAAAAUAAACAAACUUCGAUUCUUAGAAAAUUCGAUAGCAGCUUCAAGCGAUCGUGUAUAAAGUACAUAAAUUACCAUUGUGAAAUAUUGUAAAUGUCUCGUUUAUUACAACGUGUAAUUUUAUAUUAUCGCAAAGAAUAAAUGUUUAUUACAGUGAA